UAGUAAUUCUAAUGAUAGAUUUUUCUUGUUCUCGAAAGAUCUAGGAAUUUCUAUGCAAUGGGACUCUAUCUCCACUAUAUUCCCCUCCCAAUAUUCAUCAACUUUUAUAUUUCAAAACCUUUUAAGCAUUAUUCUUAGCAUUUUAUCAUCACAACCAUUUUCAGUUAUCACUCUAGUUUCUCUCUUCCGAAUGGAAGCAACUGAAACAAGACCCGAAGUUGUUCAAGAACAACUACCACCACCUCUACCAGAUGAACAACAGUUACAACCUCUCAUGUGCAAGAGCUGUGUCUUAAAAGUCUCCAUUCAUUGUCAAGGUUGCAUGAGGAAAGUCAAAAAAGUUCUCCAAAGCAUAGAUGGUGUCUAUCACACAACAAUUGAUUUGAAGCAACAAAAAGUGGUAGUAAUGGGAAACGUGGAAAGCGAUAUAUUAAUUAAGAUACUAACACAAACGGGGAAACGCGCGGAGUUAUGGCCAGAUCAAACAGAACCAAUAAAAAAGAAAAAGAAAAAGAAGAAGAAAAAGAAGAAACCAAAACCAGAGAACAGCACUAAUCAAAGCAACAUUGAGAAACAAAGCGACCAAGACAGCAGCGAUGAAGGAAACCAAAGCGACGGCAACGAAAAAGAAACCGUUAAGGUUGUUCUUCAAGACAUACCAAGAACCGAAGGUGGUGGUGGUGUUGGUGGGGGUGGUAAUAGCAAUUGCAAUACUAAUAACGUUGCAAAAUUUGGUGAAGGAUGGCCAACCGGUAGAGGCUGUGUACAAUUUCAUGAAGUAAAGCCGGAGGUGAGACAUGUGGUGACUUUACCAGCCGGUAACCAGUUACCGGUUGCAGAGAAAAAAGUUACAUUCGAUGCGGCAAACGAUUGUGGAGGCAAAAGGAAUAAUAGUUAUUAUAAGGGGCAAAAAGGGAAUGAUGGUGUAAAUGUUACUUUCGAACAAUCCGGUGAUUGGAAUCAGAUGCAUGGUUAUGGGCCAGGUCCAGGAUCAGUAUCAUUUAUGGGCCCACCACCAAAUGAGAGUCCACCACGGAAUCAAUACCCACCGCAUUAUCAUCACGCUCACGCACCGGCAUCUCCUCCUCCUCCUACGGUGUGUGGUGGAAGCUUUCACACGGCUUAUCCUCCUUCCAUGCGUGCAUCGUAUUAUACGUCUUCACAACCGUAUUCGUACGCUUGUGCGCAUCAAAGUAAUGAUUCUGACUCGGAGUCUUAUACUUAUACUACUACAUCAUCACGCCGGUCAAGUUCAUUUGAAUUAUUCAGUGAUGAAAAUCCUAAUGCUUGUUCAGUCAUGUGAAGCAUUAUAUAUCUAUAAGCUGAAUUGCAACUUCCAUAACUAACUUUCUUUUGUAGUAAUUUACUAGUUAGUUGGUAAUUGGUAACGGAAUUAUAUUAGCCAUUGUUACUAAUAUUUAUUUUAAUUUUGCGUUCAUUGUCGUAAACUUUUGGUUGGUAAUUAAAGUAAGGUUUUGCUGUAAACUCACGACCAUUGAAGAUCAUUUUUAACUUUAUGAAAAAAGGUUACGUGGGUAUAUAUAGUUCUUACGCGCACAUAGUAAUAUUUUAGAUGCGAUGUAUGGAAUUUUAAACUAUUAUUAUUAUUAUGUGAGGGGCAAAAGAAAAAAAGGAUGCCACUAAGUAUUGGAUGCUCAAAAUUCCCAUUCUUGAAGUGGUCUUAAAAGAGAUUUACACGUACAAAUGUAUCAAGUGUGCCACCAAGUCUUGGAUAUCUAUUAGGAAUCACUUUAAGUGCUUAAUGUACGGAGGAGGUAUGGCAAAAGGGUAAGACAUUUAAUUUGGGUAGAUUUGGUAUGGAGCUUGUGGUUAGUGAGAAAUAGAAUUUUAUUUAAGGAUCAUGUGAUGACUACUAUGACUUAUUCUUUUA